UUAAAACAUCGCGUCUCAUUACACUUCACCGACAUACGUGCUUGAGCCUCUAAGUAAGCUAUAAACUAAUCUCCUCCAGUGGGAGCUUCCACAUGGCUGCAGUCAGUGCGGAGCUGUGAGGUGUGGAAAGCGGCUCUGGAAAGGAAAGAAAGAGGGGAACGCGCGCAGUUUGGCCCCUGAGCGCCCCGUUAGAUGACAGACGCGCUUCAGCGCAAAACUGCUCUCUGGGAUCUAGAAACGACACCAUGCAAUUUUUAAUUGCUGGAUGAUUGCGGAUGAAGGCGGAACAGAGGAUUUUUGGGAGCGCUCAUCGAUGUCUUUAAAGCUGUAAAAAUAUUGUUAAUUAUCUUGGGCGGUGAGGACCAAGAAAGGUGUCAGGAAUGCUCCCUGUCCUCCUGAUAGCUGGGUUGAUUCUGGCUCUGUCCAUCCCUGGCACCACGUGUGAAUCAGCCACGCUGCGCUUCUUGGGGCAAACAGAAUUUGUUGUCAAUGAAACCAGCACAGCUGUGGUCAGACUGGUUGUAGAGAGAGUGGGAGACCCAAUCAACGUGACUGCUUUGGUUCUUCUAGAGGGUGUCGACACUGGGGACUUUGAAGCUAUCAAUGCUGCAGCCUUUCUUCUGUCCUCUGAGUCCAGUAAGACCAUUUUCAUUGCUGUGAAAGAUGAUGACCUUCCUGAAGCGGAUGAGACAUUUACCUUCAACCUUAAACUACAGAGUUCCUCUAAUGGUGUAAUCCUAGGAACACCAAACAAGGCAACAAUCACCAUUUUGUCUAAUGACAAUGCCUUUGGAAUAAUUGGCUUUAACUCGACUGCAGAGAUUGUUGUUGAUGAAUCCAGACAAAGGAAUGUGCCUUUCACCCUAAUUAGAGAAAAAGGAACAUAUGGAACGGUCACUGUAACCUAUGAGAUCUCUGGUGGUCCCAAUCCUGCCAUUGAAGAUCUCGAUCCAGACAGAGGCAGCAUCAUCAUUCCUGUAGGACAAGCUGCAGUGACAUUCAGUAUCCACAUUCAGGAUGAUCAGAUCCCUGAGAAUGAUGAAGUAUUUACAGUGAAGCUAACAGGUGUGGCAGGUGGAGCCCUUCUCAACCUCAACACCAGCAGUGUUCAGCUACGAAUCCGGCAAAAUGACAGCCCCCUGCGCUUCUCCGUCUCUGUCAUGGCUGUCUCAGAAGCUGCCGCUGUCAUUAGCCUUAAUGUGACCCGCGGCCGGCUGACUGAGAAUGGGCCACUAAUUGGAUCUGUUGAGACUGAGGUGUCUGUGGAUUAUAUGGUGGUAAGUGGUGAAGGAGUUGGCAGUGCUACUCCAGGUGUGGAUUUCCUGGACAUGCAACCAGUCAGGACCAUCACAUUCCCUCCACUGGUCUUCCAAGCCAGCCUUUUUUUCAACAUUAGCGAUGAUGACGUACCAGAAAUUGCAGAAUCCUUCCACGUGGUCCUGUUACAGGAAACUAUAAGAGGAGACGCUGUGCUAGUUUCACCCAAUGCAGUGCUGGUGACCAUCGAGCCCAAUGAUAAACCCUAUGGCGUCCUGUCAAUUAGCAGCGCUGCUCUCAUUCAGCCAAUCAUCAUCAAUGAAGAUCUAACACAAAAAUUUGAUGGGAUUGUUAUUGUACGAAAUGGAGGAAGCUACGGGGAAGUGUCUGCAAACUGGUCUAUCAGCAGGAACUCCAGUGAUCACUCACCAGUGUUGAGUGACUUGAUGCCACAGUUUGGAACUGUAACAUUUUCUGCCGGUCAGGUGACCGCUGUAAUUUCAUUAAACAUCGUGGCUGAUGAUCAACCCGAAGAAGCAGAGGCUUUUGUUCUGAAACUGCUGCCUCACACGGUUACCGGAAACGCAGAAAUUGACGAACCAAUGGAGAUGGUGUUUUAUAUCCAGGACAGCGACGAUGUUUAUGGACUUUUCCGGUUUGACCCAGCCAAGGAACAGAGUAUUCAGAGCCAACCCCAGGGACGAUUCCUCUCUCUCAAUUUUGUGAGAGAUGGUGGCAUGCUGGGUAACGUCUCCAUGGCCCUGACUGCGCACUAUAUUCCUGCAGGUCCAGUGGACCCUGAUCUGGCCCAAGACCAGGUUCUGAAUGUUAGCAGGUCUGUUAAUGUUUUGUUUUCUCAUCAACGGACGGUCCACGUUAUACUGCCUAUCCGGAAUGAUGCCUUUCUGCAAAAUGGAGCACAUUUCCAUAUUCAGUUAAAUACACUGGAGCUGGUUGAUAUCACCCCAUCAAUUCCUUCAAACAGCCCAAGGUUCGGGGGACCUCUUAACCUGACAUUGACUGUCACCCCUGAUAUUGCUAAUGGGGAAAUCGGCUUCACAAAUAACACUACAGUGGUGCUCUAUGAACCAGAGAACAGCAAUACCAGCAUGGUUAGCCUCCCUCUGCGGCGGGAUGGGACAGAUGGUCAGGCUGAGGUGUUCUGGAGCCUUCAGCCAAUUGGUGCAAGUCGUAAGGAUGUAACUGCUGAUGAUCUGGCACCAUUUAAUGGCUCUGUUGUCUUCCUCUCGAGGCAAAGUGACGCCUUUAUUAAUCUAACCAUCAUGGCUGAUGAUAUCCCUGAGGUCAAUGAAACCUUGCUUCUCACCCUGGACAGGACUAACGUGGAGAAUCAGAUCCUGAAAGCAGGCUUCACCAGUAGAGAGAUCGUUAUCAUGGAGAACGAUGAUCCUGGCGGAGUGUUUGAAUUUUCCCAAUUCUCCAGAGGUCCUUGGUUUGUCAACGAGGGUGAAGCUGUGGAGCUUCGUGUGGUCAGAGCUCAAGGACAACUCCUGAAACAGUUGAUAAGAUACACAGUGUCACCAUCAGGCAGUGCUGAAUUCUAUGGAGCUACAGGCAUCCUUGAGUUUAAACCUGGGGAGAGAGAGGUGGUGGUGGCCCUGGUUGCAAAGCCUGAUGGAAUACCAGAGCUCGAUGAGACAUUCUCUGUGGUACUCAGCAGCCACAGUACUCCGCCAAGUCGUCUAGGCGACCACAGGGAGGUCAACAUUACUGUCCGCAACAAUGAUGACCCUUUUGGAGUUAUUGAGUUUAUCCAGUCAGGACUUACAAUGACCAUUGAUGAGAGCAAAGGAGAGACACCACAACAGGUUUGUCUUUCAGCUGUGUACCCUGUGGUGAGGAAUAGGGGUCACUUUGGGGAAGUGUCAGUGUUGUGGGUCCUGGAACCAGCUCUGGCAGGAGAUGUAAUGCCUGUGCAUGGAAACAUUACCUUCCAAGAAGGAGAGUACUUGAAAAACCUCACCCUCUCCUCUGUACCUGAUGAGAUUCCAGAAGACAAGGAAAACUUCACCAUUACACUGUACAAUGCAACUGGUGGAGCAAGACUGGGAGACUUACUUAGUGCCAAUUUGUGGAUUAAUAAGAACGAUGACCCCAUAUAUUUUUCCGAACCAGUCACUGUGCGUGUUGCUGAGGGAGACGCUGCUAAUCUCACGGUCCUGAGGGCGGGUCGAGCUGACUUUAUGGCUACUGUGAAGUAUCGAGUGGAUUUUGGUAGCGCCUCACCAGAUGACUUUACUGUUCUAACAAUCACCACAUUGUUAGUGUUUGAUGUGGGAGAAUGGAUGAAAAACAUUUCAGUGAUUAUUGAAGACGAUGACAUACCGGAAACAGAUGAACCCUUUUACAUUGUUUUAUAUAACACCACAGGCGAUGCUGUGGUUUAUGGUGCAGACACAGCUACUGUGGUGAUUGAGGCCAAUGACGAUGCCAAUGGAGUUUUUUCUCUAGAAAGUGUAGAAAAACCUGUGGAAGAAGGCAAGACCAACAGUUUUUUUGUUCUACGAGCAAGGGGACACUUUGGUAAUGUUACUGUCUUCUGGCAGCUGUUUGCCAAUGACUCAGCUACACCUCUCGAAGAAAACCAGGAGUUUGCAAACAUGUCUGGCUCCAUCACCUUUAUUACUGGGGAGGAAAGUAAACCUAUCAGCCUUGAGGCCAUCUCUGAUAAACGUCCAGAGUUUAAUGAGUUCUUCGUCCUCAGGCUUGUCAAUAUUUCAGGUGGUUACCCAGGGGGAGGGGGGCGACUUGCUGAGACCUCUCUAAAUGCCUCAGUCCUUAUUCCUUUCAACGAUGACCCAUUUGGUGUUUUUGCCAUUUCUCUGGACAACUUGGACCAAGAAGUUGCUGAGGAUGUGCUUGAUGAAAAUGAUAUGUCGGAUGUUACCUCCUUCACCAUACUCCGACAGCAGGGCUCUUUUGGCGUUGUACGAGUUUCCUGGGAGAUAGUGUCUGCAAGAUUCCCACAAGGUCUUCCUCUCAUGAACGAUCUGCUGCUGCAAGCCUCUUUUCCAAAUGAGGUCCAGCUCAGGCCUCAUGCUAGGAGACACCACUCAGCUACAGACACUUGGUUCUUCUCUGGCCUUCCAGGAGCUUACGGUACCAUCUCCCCUGAAGAUGCACCUGCAGCCGUUGGUAACUUCACCUUCUCAGCUUGGCUGGCACCCAGACUAAACACUGAUGGCUUCAUAGUGUCCAAAGGAACAAGCAAUGGAAGCUUGUACUAUGGAGUAAAAGUCCACUGCAAUGAAUCACAUGUUACCGUGAUGCUGUACUACACAGUUAUAGGUUCAAAUAAUACCCAAGUGGCAAGGGCCACAGCAGAGAAGUUUGUGGAAGAAAAUACAUGGCUACAUAUCAUCAUUACUGUUGAUGAUGGAAUUAUUGAGUUCUUCUUGGAUGGGACUUCUAUACCUAGAGGCCUGAGGAGCAUCAAAGGGGAAGGCAUCAAUGAUGGACCAGCUUCAGUGUUCAUAGGCUCAGACCUCGAAGGUGAACAGCGCUACACCGGCCUUCUCCAGGAUGUUCGCCUGUACCACAUGAGGCUCAACCGCAGCCAGAUCCACGAGCUCCACUCUCAGCCUGCUAAAGCAGACCUGCGAAACAUUUCAGGUUACCUGCGGUACCGCCAAGAUGAGAGGCAGAAGUCGUUCAUCGUAGAAACCAGGGAUGAUGAGGAGGAAGAGGGAGAGGAGGUGUUCUAUCUGCAGCUGGUGGAUGUGCAUGGUGGUGCACGCCUUCCCUUUCCCAGACCCACGGCUGUUUUGAGGAUUAUGAAGAGUGACAACGCAAAUGGGCUUUUUGGAUUCACUGGGGACUGCAUACCUGAUACCACCGAGGAAGGCUCGACCAUAUCUUGUGUGAUUGAGCGCUUGCGGGGAUCUCUGGAUUAUGUCUCUGUGAACUACACUGUUACUCAGCUGGACAGCUUGCAAAGUGACAGCCCAGCACACAAAGACUUUUUGAACGCAACUGGAGCUGUGUUUUUCAUGCCUGGACAGCGCUCUGAGGUAUUGAACUUAUUGGUGUAUGAUGAUAACCUCCCAGAGCUGGCAGAGUCUUUUCAGGUUGCACUGCUGUCAGCAGAGUCAGCUGAUGGGAAGCCGGGCUCCACACCCACCAGCGGAGCCAGCAUCGAUCCCAAUAACUCUGUUAAUACUGUCACUGUCACAGCAAGUGACCAUCCUUAUGGGCUGUUGCAGUUCCAGAUAAGCCCACCUGAGGAGGGUCUGAUCUCUCCAGCUUUAGAACCUGCACACAUCACUGUUAAUGAGGAGGAUGGUCAGAUCCAGCUACCAGUGGCCAGAGCCCAAGGCCUAUUAGGAAAAAUCAUGGUGGGGUACAGAACAACCCCCUUAACAGCAUCCAGCCCUGAAGACUAUGAGGACUCAGAGGGUGUCCUAGAAUUCCUCCCAGGUGACAGGUUGAAGUUCAUCAAUGUGACCAUUGUGGACAACCCUGUCCCAGAACUAGAAAAGGUUUUUAGGGUGGAGCUCUACAAUGCCGAUGGUGGAGCUGAUCACUUUCUGCGAAGCGAAGCGAGUGGUAGUGGGGAAAGCGAUUUUGACUUCCUCCUUCCAUCCUCAAACCACCCUGCCAGCCUGGGAGUUGCAUCUCGCAUUACUGUCACAAUCGCUGCUUCUGACGAUGCUCAUGGGGUGUUUGAAUUCAGUCCUCAAUCUCUAUCUGUCAAUGGGACAGAACCAGAGGAUGGGCUGAACUCCAUCCCGCUGUCGGUGGACCGGUCAUUUGGAAAUCUCUCUAAUGUGACUGUGUACUGGGAAGUUGAUCCCAGCUCUGAAGGAGAGGUCCUUAGUAGGUUUGGGAACAUCUCCUUUGAAAUGGGGCAGAUCUCAGAGAAUAUACUGAUUGAUGUCGCACAGGAUGAGAUCCCAGAGUUGGACAAGAGCUACACUGUGUCUCUAGUUAAUGUUUCGAAAGGUCGCCUGGGUGCCCGAACAUCUGCCACUCUGACUGUGCUUGCCAGUGAUCAUCCUUAUGGCAUUUUUGUAUUUGCUAAUGCAUCGAGGUCUGUUCGUCUUCCUGAAGCAGAUGGACCCGUCUCCCUCACUAUCCAGCGACUGAAAGGAACUCUGGGUCAGGUGCGUGUCACAUAUGGGACACUCAAAGAGGCCGAUCUGGCACCUUAUAGAACCCCAGGAAUUGGCCGAGCAACUGAAGGGCGGGAUUUUGUGUCCCUCCUUGAUUCAGUUGUGUUUUCGGCCAAUCAGACUGUGGCUAAUAUCACGCUCAGAGUGCUUGAUGAUGAGGAUCCAGAAAGAGAUGAGUCUGUGUUCGUCAAACUGUUUAGUGUUGAGCUCCUCAAAGGAAACCAGAAAAGGCCCAUCUCAACUUCCCCCUCUCUUGGCCCCGAGGCUGACAUUGUUGCCCAGGUGAUAGUGGAGGCAAGCGACGAUGCUUUUGGAAUCCUUCAGCUGUCCACUUCAGCCGUCAGUGUAGCUGAACACUAUGUUGGACCCAUAAUAAAUGUCACACGAGUUGGAGGGAUUUUUGCCGAUGUCUCUGUCAAAUUCAGAGCUGUGCCUGUGACCGCCAGAGUCAGCGAAGACUACAGUGUGGCCUCGAGUGACGUGGUUCUUUUAGAGGGAGAAUCUAGCAAAUCUGUUCCCGUCUAUGUUAUUAAUGAUCUGGUCCCCGAGCUGGAAGAGACAUUUAUAAUUGAGCUGAUCAACCAAACAACCGGGGGAGCUCUGCUUGGAGAGCUCACACGUGCUGUCAUCACCAUACUGCCUUCUGAUGACCCUUUUGGUGCCUUUGUCUUCCAGGCUGCCCCAGUGAUGGUUGAAGAACCAGAAUCCACUCCUGCUGUGGUCCAGUUGCCUAUUGUGCGCAAUGCUGGUACUAUAGGAACAGUGGCAGUCCAGUGGAGGGCGACUGUUAAUGGUAAACUGGCUGAGGGGGACAUCAGACCCACAUCUGGAGAGGUUAAAUUUGCUCCUGGAGAAACUAUGAAGACAGUGACAGUUGAAGUCUUACCUGAUGAUGUUCCAGAAAUUAAUGAGAUUAUUAAAGUAGAACUAAUAGAUGCAAGUAAUGGAGGAAACUUGGGAGCUGAUAUAUCUGUCAACAUAAUAGUGCCUGCAAAUGACAACCCAUAUGGGACCGUUUACUUUGAACAGACUGUUUAUCGUGUUCAGGAGCCACUGGAGGGGAUUUACAGUGCUAACAUCACCGUCCGCAGGAGUGGAGGACACUUUGGUCGUUUAGAGAUUACGUACAGCACCACCGAGAUUGAUGCUGUUGGCUCGGCUCAGGCUCAAGACCAAAAUGUAUUAAUGUACUAUCACUCUCCAAAGCCAGGUGUUCCAUCUAAUGAGCUGUUUAUGACGGUGAACAUAACAAAUCAAAUAGACCCUUUGGCUGCAUGUGCUGCUGCGUGUUUAAGAGAGCAAGCCUGCCAGGCAUUCUCUCUGUCAUCUGCUGCGACUCCUCCGUCCUGUACAUGGGUUUCAUCUGGGGCUGACCAACUGAGCUCUAGAUCUCAGGUUUUGACUUAUGUUAAGAACUCGACUGCAGCUGCCAUCUUGUUUAGUGGCCAGGCUGUAGCAGGAACUGAUUACAUCCCUGUCACUGCUCAAAGUGCCUUCAUGGAGGAUGGAUCUGGGACUGCCAACCUCUCGGUUUUAAUCUUAACUGAUAAAUUCCCUGAAAUGGAUGAAAGCUUCUCUAUACAGAUCUUAAAGGUAGAGUUAGUAAAUUUGACGGUGUCACGGAAGAACUUGCCCACAAUCGGACAGCCAGAUGAGGCCGUAGUCACUAUAGGAGUGAACGGAGAUGCGUUUGGCAUCUUUUUGAUCUACAGUCUUAAUCCAAAUGCCACCAAGGAUGGACUCUACCUUGAGGUCCAAGAAGAGCCCACAGUUGUCCCGCUGGUCAUUGAGAGAAGAGGAGGGAAUCUGGGCACUGUCACCGUAGAGUGGAGAUUUGUUGGAGGAAAAGCCACACCAGAUGCCGAUUUUAUUGGGAGUGGAGGGACUCUGGUCUUUGAUGCUGAUCUUAAAAAGACAGUAGAAGUAAUGAUCAAGGAAGAUUCUGAACCAGAGGACAGUGAGAGCCUCAUGAUUGGCCUUGUUAACACGGCGGGCGGAAGUCGUAUCCUCCCCAGCUCAGACACCGUAACCAUAGUGAUACUGGCAAACGACAAUGUGGCGGGAGUAGUAGGAUUUGAUCAAGGCUCACGUUCCGUCAUUGCCAGAGAGGGUGAGAGCCUGUCCUUGUUAGUGUUGAGAUCAGCUCCAGGUUUGGGUAAUGUCUCGUUAGACUGGACUGUUCAAGGUCCUCUUGCUCACCGCACCUUUGUUCAAACGUCAGGGACACUUUUCUUCAAUGAGAGACAGCUUAAUGGCAGUAUAGUCCUGCAGCUCAUGGAUGAUGCCACACCAGAGAACCAAGAUCAAUACAGAGUCUUUCUUUCCAAUCUACAAACAUUUGGAGUUGUAGUGACAGGUCAUGCAGCCCUGGACGUUCAAGGCAGUGAGGCAGUGCUUACUGUGGACACCAGUGAUCAGCCUUACGGGCUGCUGACUAUAGCACCAUCAUCCCUGAGGGUGAGCACAGAGGAACGUGACCAGAUAAUAAAUAUCUACAUCAACAGAGAGUUUGGAGUCUCAGGAACGGUGAAUAUUACCUAUGAGGUUGUUAGAGGUUCUCUACAAAAUCUGUCUGAGGUGGACGGUAAUCUUGCUGACCCGGGACAAGACUUUGUCUCUGGCACGGGUUUUGUGAUACUUCAGGAGGGACAGACCUCAGUUCCAGUACCUGUCACCAUUCUGGAGGAUGACAUUCCAGAGCUGCAGGAGUUCUUCUUGGUCAACAUAACAUCUGCAGUACUCAUUACAACACUCACAACUGUUCCCCAGCUUGAUACUCAAGGUUUGGUGGCAGAGGUCAGCAUAGAUGCGAAUGAUGGGAUCAGAGGGAUCAUAGAAUGGACAAGCACUAUGUAUGACGUAAACGAAACAAUCGGAUCACUGACUCUUGUAGCCUUUAGAAACAGGGGGACAUAUGGAAAUGUUUCCCUUUUCUUCUUUGCCCAGAACUUAGAAGCUCAACAGGGACUUGACUACAACAUCAGUGAAACGAUGCUCCAUUUUGUGGAUGGUGAAAGGCAUAAGUUUGUGGAGGUCCAGAUAAUUGAUGACACCAUUCCAGAAGAUGCAGAGAGAUUCCAGCUGAUCCUUUCUAAGCCUUCGCCUGGGCUGGAGCUUGGCAGGAACACUACAGCCACUAUAAAUAUACUGGCCAGUGAUGAUGGGCACGGUGUCAUUUCCUUUAACACUAGUGAUCACUUCCUAUUAAGAGAGCCUACGUCUGUGUCACAGCUGAGUGACAGCAUAGCUCAACUAUAUGUGGUUCGUAGCCCAGAGGAAGGCACUUUUGGCACCGUCUCUGUACAGUUUGCCAUUAUGGAUGCUAACGGCAGCCUGGCUGAGGGUGAUGUGAUGCCAACGCAAGGUUUUGUGGUGCUGGAUGAUGGAGUCAGGUUUAAGAUGCUGGAGGUCCGGGCGAUACGAGAUGCUGAACCUGAAGUGAACGAAACCUUCACACUGACUCUCUUCAACCCAACAGGAGGGGCACGGCUUGGGGACCAGCUUCAAAUUCUCAUCACUGUCCUGGAGAAUGUAGCCCCUUCAGGCUUAUUCCGAAUUGGGCCGUCGUUCAACAGAACCAACACAGCAAUGGUUGCAGAGGAAGGGAGCAGAGCAGUCUUCCUGACUGUUUCUCGCAGUAAUGGCUUGGAGUCAGUGGUCAGUGUGGAGUGGGAAAUGGAGUCUGACACAGCUACAGCUUCUGAGGGUCCCCUCCCAGUCAUUGGGCUGUAUCAGAACUUUGAGAACAACCCUACAUCUGCUUGGUGCUCCAUUCCAGUAGACUCUGAGUCUUCCUCUCUGGCUCUGAGGCUGGACCUGAAGCCAACGGUUGGGACUGUCGGCACUUUGGCAACUCUGUAUCGCUGGCAAGGUGUUUUUGUGCCAAUAGAGUCUUUCAAAAUCAAAGACCCAGCCGCAUGUGUUGGGUUUGCAGUAAAUGGCUCUACAUACAUAGGAAUUACGAAUGGUGGCCCUCCCUUCUUUCCUGCUACCAAUCUUAGCAUCUAUAAGCUACAGAAGGACCUAAACAUUACAUUGGAACAGAUAUUGGGUGUUGAAGCACUGGAUGUUAAGCACUUCUCUACUGAAGGCAAAGAUUAUCUAAUAGCAUCUAGCCAGAUUUUUGUUUGGACUGGAACUUCCUUUACUCUUCACCAGACUCUCAACUUUCAGCAGAACAUCCUCAGUCUAGCUCCUUUUAUUCAUGCAGAUAAGCUCUUCCUAUUAGUUUGCAUUGACAACCAGAGUGGAAGCUGCACAAUUCUGCAAUGGAGCAAUAGCAGAUUUCAGGAUCCACUAAAUCUCCCAAUUUCUGGCAAAGUCAUUCAGGUGGAGGUAGUCAACACAAGAAGAGAGGAUACGCUGUUGAUGAUUGCUCUUGAAGGUCUCUCUCCUUCCUGUGAAGUGUUACAGUGGAGUUCAUCAGAGCCUUUACCACAGAACCGUCAGUCCAUUCCUCACCCAGGGCUUGUCUCCAUUCACUCCUUCACUGUGCCAUCGGGGAUCACAUAUGCCUUGCUAAGUGGAAGAAAUAGCUCCUCCCUUUAUUCCUGGAGAUCUGAUGUGAACCUGUUUACCAUGAUCCUGAGGGUCCCUGGAGCCAACAACUUCCUCUCAUUCAUGGUGCCAUACCUCAAUACCACAAAGGUCCUUCUGGCUUCCUCUGAAGAUAAUAGCUCCACUAUCUAUGAAUUCACAUCUGUCUCAAAUCAGUCUGAUUUUAUACCCAGCUCUGGGGAGUUAUUCUUUGCUGCUGGUGAUAGAGAGCUUGAUCUAGCAGUGAACAUAAUUGAUGACGACAUCCCUGAGGUGGAAGAGCUCUUCAGGGUGAAGCUGAAGAACCCAAAAGGAGGGGCAGAGAUUGGAUUUGGUGGUCAGGUUACAAUUAUAGUCCCAUCUAAUGAUGAUGCCCACGGAGUUAUUGGCUUUGCUCAGAAUUCAUUGCACAUGGAUGUUGAGGAGUUGGAACAAAAUAAUCAAAUUUCUCUUAAUGUUGAGAGAAAAAGAGGACUUUUUGGCAGACUGACUGUUCAUUGGGUUGCUAAUGGUAGUUUGGCAGAUAUUUACCCCACAUCUGGAGUGGUAACAUUCUCUGAAGGUCAGACAGUAGCCAUCAUCUCAUUAGCCAUCAUUGCAGAUGGCGUGCCUGAGGUGUCUGAGAGUGUCAUUAUCACCCUCCGGGAUGUCAGCACCUUGGGCCUUCAGGAGAAGCAACAAGGUGCGGUCAUUGACAGGCAGCGGGCUCAGGCUCUGCUUACUAUCCUGCCAAAUGGCUCCCCCUAUGGCGUGAUUGGGUGGCAUCUGGAUUCCCAGUUUACACAAACCCAGGAACCACAGAGAGUUCCGGUCAAUGUGACCCUUUCUGUUGUAAGGGAGCAGGGAUCAUCAGGUGAGGUGGCAGUCCAUUACCAGACAAAACCAGCCCUGUUUCACCCUCCUUCCAAUCAGGCUUCUGCAGGAGAGGAUUACUUAGCCAAAGAUGACACAAUUAUCAUGGUCAACGGUGCCACUGUGGCCCUUGUCUCUAUCACUAUUCUACCAGAUGAAGUACCAGAGCUUGCAGAAAGGUUCCUGGUGAAUAUCACUAAAGUGGAGUUAGUAAGAGGGUCAGUCGGAGCAGGGCAGCCUAGUCUAAGGAGGCCUGGGAUGGAAGUAGCAGAGAUCACCAUUCAGGAGAAUGACGAUCCACGAGGGAUUCUGCAGUUCAACUUCUCUGAGGAUUUACCUGGAAGUGUGUUUGCCUAUGAGAUACCACCACCAGACAAUGUACUUCAUUUGUCAGUGUUACGACUUGCUGGCACAAGUGGAAGACUGGUUGCUUACUGGGAGGCUCAACCGAUUACAGCCGACCUCAAUGACUUCAGCCCUGUAUCAGGAAACAUCACCUUUCAAGACGGCCAGAAAGAAUCAUCGAUAGCCAUCAUGAUCUUGGAUGAUGAAGAUGUAGAAGCCUCAGAGACUUUCAGAGUGGAUUUGCUACGAGUGAUUGGUGGAGCUCGUCUUGGACAAGUGACCUCUGUUACUGUGGUGGUUCCAUCCAACGACUCGCCUCUUGGACGAUUUGGAUUUCAAGAAUUGGAGGUUGUGGUCACUGAGCCUGAGUUUUUAGACGACCCUGCAGCUGUGGCGACACUCACUGUGGUACGUAGUGAAGGAGGUGAGGGUGGAGUGACGCUGGUGUGGCAGCUGGAAGACCUGGCUAUAGAUGACCUUUCUCCUGUUAAUGGAACGCUUGUUUUCACUGAGACGGAGACUGCCAAAUCGUUUGUGAUCAGAGCCCUCGCUGAUAAUUUUAUUGAGGGAGAUGAGCACUUCACUGUACGCUUGUUUCCUGCUGACAGUGGUGCUAUUAUAGACCCCUUGCAUGGGGAGGUAACUGUCACCAUCAGAGCAGACAAAGCUGCCUUCGGAAUCAUUGGAAUAGCAGAGUCAUCUCAAAAUGUUAUCAUUGGGGAACCUCAGGGCAACUAUAACGGGACUGCCAUGGUCAACAUUGUGAGAGGUCCAGGUGUUUUUGGAGAGGUCCAAAUUUAUUGGAAUAUUACUCCAGCUUCGGUUUCUGAAUUUGAAACAGUAUUUGGCAUUGUCGCUAUGAGUGAUGGUCAGUCUGUUGCCACCAUUUUACUAAAGGUUAUUGAUGAUGAACUCCCUGAAGAGCGACGUGAUUACCAGCUCCUGCUGACCUCUGCUACAGUAGGACUGGAAAUAAGUCCCACCGCCAGGCAUGCAAGAGUUACCAUGGCAGCAAGUGAUCUCCCUCAUGGACUUUUCUCUUUCGACCAACUCCAGCUCACAGCGAGGGAAGAGGAGGAAAUGGUUAAUGUGACAGUGGUUCGCUCCUUUGGCAGUUUGGGCAGUGUGUUGGUGAACUAUGAGACCUCAGGCUAUACAGCAGUCAGUGGAACAGACUUUUCUUCAGCUUCAGGACAAUUACUGUUUACAGCAGGCCAAACCUCACAAGAAAUUACUCUUCAUAUCCGAGACGACAGUCUACCAGAGGGACCCGAGAUAUUCUUUGUUAACAUUACUAAUGUAGAUCUGCUUAAUCUCAGUGCUGUGGACUACACAGUGCGAGAAUCAGGACUUCAACUGGACCAACCUCCAGCUAUUGGAAACAUAUCUUCUGUUUUAGUGGUUAUUCUGCAGAACGACAAUGCUGAGGGGAUCUUGGAGUUCAGACACUACCUUAACAUUACAGUUGAGGAAGAUGUGGGUCACGUGUUGAUCCCCGUAGUGAGGAGGGUGGGUUCCUACGGAACCGUCUCUGCUCACUUUCUGUCAAGAAGCUUGAGUGCGACCCCCGGUCUCGACUACUUGCUGAACAAUGAUUCGCUGAUGUUUGUCAGCGGCCAAAAUAUAAGCUUCAUCAAUGUCACUAUUAUUGAUGACACAAACAGUGAACCUGCAGAGAUAUUUGAAAUUGUCCUGGUUGGUGCCACCGGCGGAGCUGUUCUGGGCCCCCAACAAGUUUCAAGAAUCACCAUUAGCAAGAGUGAUUCUCCAAAUGGAGUCGUCCGCUUUGUGAAUGAAAGUCUAAUAACUUUGGCAAACCCGGACUCUACUUUGAAGCUGAGUCUUGUAUUGGAAAGAGCAGGAGGCCUUUUGGGCAAUGCAACGGUUGCUUGGAACAUCCUGGGUCCAAACAGCAGAGACACCCUGCCUGCUUUAAAUACAGACAUUAGAGCUCCUGUGACUGGCUCUUUCUUUUUUAAAGAUGGAGAGGAGAGCGUCGGUAUCAUAGAGCUACGGAUUCUGCCUCAUGGCGAGGUGGAAAUGGAGGAAACAUUUAUAAUAGAGCUGAGUGUUCUUUCUGGUGAGAUGGAUGUUGAUCCUCAGGCUGGUUCAGUAACACUUAAGAUAGAGCAGUUUGGAGAUCCUAAUGGUAUAGUGCAGUUCACUGCUGAUGCUCUCAAGCAACGCGUCAUCAAUGAAUCCACAGAAGCAGAAGGCCCACUUAACAUUUCCUUGUUGAUCACUCGUAGAGGAGGAACCAUGGGCAACAUCACAGUCCAGUGGCAGAUUCAGAGUGACUCAGAUAUAGUUGGUGACUUUCUAGCCUUAGCUGGCUCUGUAAUAAUACCGGAAGGCCAAAGGGAGGCAGAGAUUAUCCUUCGCCUGAUACCUGACACAGUGCCAGAGUUGGAGGAGGUCUACGUCGUCCAGCUUACAGCGGUGGAUGGCGGUGGGACUCUGGAUGCCAACCCAGACCUGAUCAGAACUCAAAUAAGGGUGCCUGCUAAUGAUGAACCCCAUGGAGUGUUUUCGCUGAACCCUGUGCUGCAGUCUGUAGUGGUGGAGGUUUCAGGGUCUCAGGUCACUCGGGCUUUGCUUGUGAAUGUUUCACGAUUUGAAGGGCUUUAUGGCAAUGCCAGUGUUGGCUAUAAGAUAAGUGGAAGGGGAAGUGAAAUGAUGGACAUUCAGGACAUACUGGGAGGACAAGCUGAAGGAAGGCUGCUUAUGGUAGAGGGACAGUCCUUCAGUCAGAUAACUAUCCCAAUCAGCAGCCAAGUAUUUUUGUCAUUCGAUGAAAGCUUUAACAUAGAACUGACUGAUGUUAGACUGGUCAGCGCUCUCCAAGGCUCUUUGCCUCGUCUGCUUCAUGACUCCAGUUCUGCUACAGUGACCGUUCCUGAGGAAGCUGCAAGCUCAGAGGUUGGAUUUGCUUCACUGGCUCUGGAGGUUUUGAGCAUAGAGUUGGGAGCUUGUGAGGCAAAGGUAACUCGAACUGGGCUUUUUGGGGAAGUUAGUGUGCAGUGGAAGGCUGGUUACCCUUCAGGAAUGAAUCCCCAAGGCUUCAGAAUUGGACGUAUAAUUCCAAACACAGGUUUGCUUACCUUGGCUCAUGGAGAGAAGGACAAGUCCAUAUCUUUCACAGCUCAUGCUAAUGCAUUAGAAGCAGAAACCUAUUCUUUACAUCUCACUGAUGCCACAUCUGGCACUGGUGGACCUGGUACAGUUAAGUUAAGGUCAGGUUUUACUGUGGCAGAAGUGGAACCGUUGGGUAUUUACCAGUUUGCCCCUGAUUCUCGUAAACUUGUUAUUGCAGAGGACAUCCAAACUAUUACACUUUAUGUUCAGAAGCUAUACGGGUCCCGUAGCAACAUGACUCACCUGUCGUACUCAACAUCAGGAGGCAGUGCAGCACCAGGAGAGGAUUUCCUCCAUGUGUCCGAUGGCCGUUUGGUUUUCAGCUCACCUCAGCAGAAAAAUGCUUCAUUCAACCUUUCCAUCAUUGAUGAUGACCUAUCAGAGAGCGAUGAGCUCUUUUUUGUCAACCUAACACAUGUUGAGGUCAUCAGACCAAGUCUAACCUGGGCAGAGGCACCCCCUCGCCUUAACCCACAGCACAGAGUGGCCACUGUCACCAUACAAGCCAGUGAUGCAACUGGUGGAGUUUUGAGCAUUGGCCCUGAACUUGUACAAGUGGAAGAGGACAGAGAUGAGGCAAGUCAGCAGGAACGGAGAGUUGUACUAAGAGUACGCAGGUCAGGCAGUGUUGCAGAUACUGUGAAUGUCAAGCUCCUGGCAUACGGAGAUGGAAGUACAGAAAGUCCUCCCUUCACCCUGGAGCCAUCCAGUACUCUCGCAAAGGAAGAGGAGGACUUCUCUUUGGAGUCCACUGUGGUGUCUCUGCAGGCCGGAAAAGAAGAGGCCGAGUUUGCCCUCACCAUACUGGAUGACUCUGAGCCAGAGGGACAGGAAGUGUUCUUCAUCUACCUCAGUGAUCCACAAGGAGGAGCUCAGAUCACAGACAGCCCUUCCCAGGGCUUUGGAUCAUUUGUAAAGAUUGUGAUCCUUGGGAGCGACCUUCAUAACGGUAUCGUAGGCUUUACUCUUGGCUCCCUGAGGGGCCAAGUUCUGGACGAAGAUUCAGAGAACAGAACCACUUUGCUCUACCUCCAAAGACAGGAAAACAGAGCUUUUGAAGAUUUACAGGUCUUCUGGAGAGCUACUUUCAGUAAGGAAAGCUUAAGUCUUCUUGAAAAUGGAGUCAACCUAACCUCCCAGCUUGUACAGACCUCAGGGGCAGUGAUCUGUCGGAGAGGAGAGACCCAAUGUGCUCUCAUUCUUGAAGUUCUGGAUGAUGAGGAACCUGAAUACCAGGCAUGGUUCUUGGUUGAGAUUUAUAAAGUGGGAGCUGGAGCCUCUAUCAAUGAGACAACACGCUACGCCAACAUCACCUUUGUGGAGAGCGACAACCCGCGAGGUGUUGUGUUCUUUUCCGUUGGACAUAGACUCCCAGUUGUUACUGUUAUGACCACGAGGCUCAGCCUGCAGCUCUACAGACAAGCAAGCAUAGCUUCAGCCAUGACCCUUCAGUAUCGCACAGUGGUAAGAAGUGAUGUGUUUUUUAUUUCUUAUUUACCAGUAAGAAAAUAAUGGAAAUGCAAAUUG